AUGUACGUUUUGGGUGAAGGGACUUUUGGAGAAGUGGUGAAAUGCAUAAAAAGAAGAAGCAGCGGGGAGCUGGUGGCUCUAAAAGUGAUAAAGAAAGAUGUGACCAGUGCAUUAGUAAAGAAUGAAAUUAAGAUACGGAAAGCCAUAAAAGAACUUGACUCAGAGAAAUGGAACAUAGUUCGUUUCUAUGAAUAUUUCUAUGACAAUGGUAAUUGCUGCUUGGCUUUUGAAGUUUUGAGAUUGAAAAUACGCAAAGGUGCUGUGCGUGAGAGAGGUGGUGAUGCACUCCUGUGUCUGGGAGGGAACAUUACGCAGUAUUUAAAGAAACCCAUGAGCGUUUGCCAAGGCUUGGCACCCUCACUGGACCGUAACCCAGGCUGUGGACAUCAAGCAAGAAACAUGGGGAAGAAGGACAACUUUGAACUGUACUCGGUGGAGAUGGAGAGAGAAGAAGACGGAGAGAUGGACGUCAAAAUCAAAAAGAAAAAAGGCAAAGGGGCCCAAAAGAAAGAAAAGCUGGAAAGCAUGAAAAAAGAGAUGGACAUUAAUGAUCACGAGAUAACUAUAGAGGAACUGGAACUAAAAUAUCAGACAAACGUCACUAAAGGGCUCAAGACAAGUUAUGCAGAAGAGGUAUUUCUCAGAGAUGGGCCCAAUGAACUAAAGCCCCCAAAAGGUACCCCAGAAUAUGUGAAGUUUGCCCGACAGCUUGCCGGGGGUCUACAGUGCCUGAUGUGGGUUGCUGCCAGUAUCUGCCUCAUCGCUUUUGGCAUCCAGUGUUCCCAGGGUGAUCUCACCAGUGCUGAUAAUCUUUAUCUGGCAAUUACACUCAUCACUGUUGUCGUUGUCACCGGCUGCUUCGGUUACUACCAGGAAUUCAAGAGCACCAACAUUAUCGCUAGCUUCAAAAACCUUGUCCCUCAGCAAGCUACUGUAAUCCGUGAUGGAGACAAGUUUCAGAUUAAUGCCAACCAGCUGGUGGUGGGAGAUCUGGUGGAGAUUAAAGGAGGGGACCGUGUGCCGGCUGACAUAAGAAUUACAUCUUCACAAGGAUGCAAAGUUGAUAACUCAUCUCUGACUGGAGAGUCUGAGCCUCAGACACGUUCCCCAGAAUAUACCCAUGAGAGCCCUCUGGAGACCAGGAAUAUUGCUUUUUUUUCUACAAUGUGUUUGGAAGGUGCAGCAACAGGAAUUAUAAUCAACACAGGAGAUCGCACAAUUAUUGGACGCAUUGCCACUCUGGCGUCAGGAGUGGGGAAUGAGAAGACUCCCAUCGCCAUUGAGAUUGAACACUUUGUAGAUAUCAUUGCCGGACUUGCUGUAUUCUUCGGAGCCACCUUCUUUGUUGUUGCAAUGGUGAUCGGAUAUCCCUUCCUGAGAGCUAUGGUUUUCUUUAUGGCUAUUGUGGUAGCUUACGUCCCUGAGGGUCUACUGGCCACCGUCACGGUUUGUCUUUCUCUUACAGCAAAACGCCUUGCUCGUAAAAACUGUGUAGUGAAGAACCUGGAAGCAGUAGAAACACUGGGCUCCACAUCUGUGAUCUGCUCUGACAAGACAGGAACUCUGACCCAGAACAGAAUGACCGUGUCCCAUUUGUGGUUUGACAACCAAAUCCAUUCAGCUGAUACCACAGAGGAUCAGUCAGGACAAAGCUUUGAUCAGACUUCGGACACAUGGAGAGCUCUGAGUAGAGUGGUCAGUCUCUGCAACCGAGCCACGUUUAAAGGUGGACAGGACGGGGUACCAGUGCCUAAGCGCAUUGUGAUUGGAGAUGCUUCAGAAACCGCUUUACUGAAGUUCUCAGAGCUGACAGUCGGCAAUGUCAUGGAAUACAGGGAACGCUUCAGGAAAAUCACUGAAGUACCGUUUAAUUCCACUAACAAGUUCCAGUUGUCAAUCCACGAGCUUCAGGAUCCUCUGGAUCUGCGAUAUCUGCUGGUGAUGAAGGGAGCCCCAGAACGCAUAUUGGAGCGUUGCUCUUCCAUCUUGAUAAAGGGACAGGAACUACCGCUGGACGAGCAGUGGAAAGAGGCUUUCCAGACUGCGUACAUGGACCUAGGGGGACUGGGAGAGAGAGUAUUGGGAUUCUGUCACCUUUAUCUGAAUGAGAAGGAAUACCCACGGGGUUUCAGCUUUAACACAGAAGAUAUGAAUUUCCCAACCAGUGGCUUGUGCUUUGCUGGAUUAAUUUCCAUGAUAGACCCUCCCCGUGCCACGGUGCCCGAUGCUGUCAUGAAAUGUCGGACUGCAGGAAUACGGGUGAUUAUGGUCACAGGGGAUCACCCAAUCACAGCCAAGGCUAUAGCCGCUAGUGUGGGGAUCAUUUCAGAGGGAAGUGAGACUAUAGAAGACAUUGCCGCUCGUAUGCGCAUCCCCGUGGAGCAAGUCAACAGACGGGAUGCUCGUGCAUGUGUGAUUAACGGGGGUCAACUCAAAGACAUGACCAGCGAGGAGCUGGUGGAAUGUCUCAAGUUGCACCCUGAGAUGGUGUUUGCCAGAACGUCACCCCAACAGAAACUCAUCAUUGUGGAGAGCUGCCAGAAACUGGGAGCCAUUGUUGCAGUGACAGGGGAUGGUGUAAAUGACUCUCCUGCCUUGAAGAAAGCUGAUAUUGGUGUUGCUAUGGGAAUUGCUGGGUCCGAUGCAGCAAAGAACGCAGCAGACAUGAUCCUACUGGAUGAUAACUUUGCUUCUAUAGUCACUGGAGUAGAACAAGGGCGACUUAUCUUUGACAAUCUUAAGAAGUCUAUUGCUUACACUCUAACUAAGAACAUUCCUGAGCUGGCCCCAUAUCUCAUCUAUAUCACAGCCAGUGUCCCUCUGCCCCUGGGCUGUAUCACUAUCCUCUUCAUUGAGUUGGCAACAGACAUUUUUCCCUCUGUAUCGCUGGCGUAUGAGAAAGCAGAGAGCGACAUCAUGCAUCUAAAACCCAGAAACCCUCGUAGAGACAGACUGGUGAAUGAGGCCCUUGCAGUUUAUUCCUAUUUCCAGAUCGGGGUCAUCCAGUCAUUCGCAGGCUUUGUAGAUUACUUCACAGUGAUGGCCCAGGAAGGUUGGUACCCAGCGUACUGUAUUGGGCUUCGUGCUUUAUGGGAAAACCAACACUUGCAAGACUUAGAGGACAGCUACGGCCAGGAGUGGACAUUCAGCCAGCGCCUGUACCAGCAGUACACGUGUUACACCGUCUUCUUCAUCAGUAUUGAGGUGUGUCAGAUCUCCGAUGUCCUGAUCAGAAAAACAAGACGUCUUUCCGUUUUUCAACAAGGCUUCUUCAGGAAUAAAGUUUUGGUAAUUGCCAUAGUCUUCCAGUUGUGCCUCGGUUGUUUCCUUUGCUACUGCCCCGGGAUGCCAAAUGUGUUUAACUUCAUGCCGAUUCGGUUCCAGUGGUGGCUUGUUCCUCUUCCAUUUGGUAUUUUAAUCUUUGUUUAUGAUGAAAUCCGUAAGCUGGGAGUACGAAGACACCCAGGAAGCUGGUGGGAUAAGGAGCUGUAUUACUGAGCAUUACCUGAACCCAAAUAUCCCCACAAUGAGUUUGCAGCUAAAGAAGAAUCAAGCCCAGAUAUCAUUAGCAAGAAGAAUGUGCUCACACUUAAUCUCACCGUCUUUGGGUCUUCUGAUUGCGAUGAUUUGAGUUCCUCCAAGUUAGUAGGACCAGGGGUUUGAAUUAUUUACAAAAGAAGAGUAAAUCUGUGAAUCUUCUACACAUUUAUAGAUAAGAAAUUAUUUUAAAUGAAUAUAAAGAGUAGUUCAUUUUAUAUGCUGCUGUAAAUAUGCUGUCUAGGUGUAAAGAACAUUGUACUCGUGGCUAACGUUAAACCUUUUGUAACAGCAAUAGUUGAAUGUUGUUAUUGUAUUGAUCCAUAUCACUGAUAGUUACUUUAUCUCUUCUGAUUCCACUGACUUCUAUAAAAGAAAUCAGUGGCUUGUUCUAAUAAAUUAUUAUAUGAAAA